AUGUCGGAAGAGAAUAGGCAAGAAGUCGAGUCGCGUGCUACUGGUGCUACUGGUGCUAAGCGCAAGCGCGAAGCAACCGCUACUAGAAGAAGAACAUCUCUUGCAUGUGAUGUUUGCCGGAAACAGAAAGAGAAAUGUGAAGGUGGCCAACCAUGCUGGCGAUGCUUACGAUUAGAUCGGCAAUGCAACUUCACGGCUCAUCCAGCUUCUCAAAGACCAAGCCGAUCGUUUCAAGACCACGAAGAUGAACCAAUAAUACCAGACGAAAAUCAACAUCAACGAAAUCUGGAACACAUUGUGCAGCAUUUUCUCGGGGAUGUACCGUUGGAUGAAGAAAGUAUUGCCGGAAUCGCAGCAAAGUGCACAUCAGAGACCAAGGAGAUAGAUAGCUUCGAUGGCGUGAAUGAAUCACACCACGUUCAUUUUGUGUCAAGUAACGUUGCAUUCUAUUCGGGCGAGUUUUCUCACUGGAACUUUUCUGAAAAGCUACGUCGCACAAUGCGAUGCGAUUCAGAGGUCAAAGAAUAUUGGCGAGCAACUCAUCUCCAGUCCUCCAUUCACAGUAUCACCGAAACAAUAACCCAUUUACCCCCGAGGCCAAUCGCUGAAUUUUUGGUUGACGUAUUCUUCAAAUACACCGAAGUCAAUUCAUUCUAUAUCGAGAAAGGUUGGAUGCGAGAAAAGCUACAACUAUGCUAUAAUCCUUUGGCGGACUUGACGGCAGCUGAUAUCCCCUGGGUAUGCUCCGUAUUUGCUGUGUUAGCAAUAGGUACACAGUUUGCGCACAUGGAAGAAGACAGGUCAAAUACCGAUACAAAUGUCUCCGAAGAAAUUGCCAUUUGUUUUGAGGACUCAGUGGGACUCGGUUUCUUUCAUGUAGCAUGCAGAUUGGGUCCUGAUGUUAUCUUAGUAGCUUCGUAUGAAAGCGUGCAAGCCUUUCUCCUAUUAGCGGUAUAUUCUUUACCGGUCUCAUGUGGCGGGCUUUCCUACACAUACUUUGGAUUGGCGAUGAAAAUGGCGAUUCAAAACGGUAUGCAUCGAAAAUGCGUUGGGGAUGAAUGUGAUCGCAGAACACUCGAGUUGAGAAAUCGUCUUUUUUGGACUGUCUAUACCCUCGAAAGAAGAACUGCUAUUAUGCAUGGGCGACCUAAUUCCAUCCCAAGAUCAGAAGUCAACGCUGAUCUGCCAACGGAUUGCCACACGUUCGACUCGCCAAAUUUCCUCAAUAUGAUGGCUUUUAUUGAUCUAGUCUCUUGGACUGGAGAGGUAGCAGAUACAUUGACAAAAUUCAAAAAAUGUCCCAAGAGACUGAUGCCAGAGUAUUCAGGACGGCUUGUGCAGUUGAGGACAAAUAUUCGACAAUGGUGGAGCUCACUUUCAACCAGUAUUCGAGAUACUACUCCCCAGGGACCCCUAUUCCGACAAAAUUGCCAUAUGAAGUUAUGCUACCUUUUGAUCUACAUCUACAUGGGCCGACCUUUUAUCUUUGAUGCUUGCGACAAAGAGCCGUCUAAGAAGCAGAAUACGGCCAGAACACAGCGGUUGAUGUUGGUAGAUGACUGUGUACAAUGUGCAUUCGAAAUUAUUGAAUUGCUCCAAUUACUCUCAGACAACCUGGGCCUAUGCCGUGCCUCCUAUACUGAGUUCAGUUCCUGCAGAGCAGCUAUUCUCGUCAUCCUUGCAGAGAGUCUCAACUCUGGAAGAUCCCCAAAGCUACAGAAAGUGUUGGAACACGGUAUGCUUCUUAUCCGUCAAAUGACCGGUGGAACCUCUACACAAUCUGAAAUAUCGUACAUUGAGUCAAUUGAAGCGGCAAUUCGUCAGUGGUCACUAGAUGGGGGAUCAAUUGAUGAUGAGGCAAAUACAGGGCAAAUAUCUACAUCCGCUUAUGCGACAUUCAAAGAUUGGACACAGUCGAUGAAGAAAGAUAAAGAUAUUGGCAGCAUGAUGGAACUAUCUUCAUUCAGUCCUGUUUCGAAUCGAACCUCGAGUGCUGAAAGCGCAUUUCAUUCAGAUAUCCAUGAUUUGACCGAUCUUUUCAAUCCAGACUGGACAACGGAUGGUUUGAGUUUGGAUCCGGAGGCUUUCCUGGCUCUGUAG